AUGACGCUAAAUGAGUCGAAAUCACCAAGUCCAGACGACACACCGCCUAAGUUACUGAAGGAGCUCGCUGCCGAAUUAGCCAAAACAUUGUCCAUGCUUUUCCGAGCCUCGUUCGAAGCCGGCUGCUUGCCCGCCGACUGGAAAUCUGCGCGGAUCACACCACUGCAUAAAGGAGGCAGCAAGGCGUCUGCAAACAAUUACAGGCCAAUUAGCCUCACCUCCAUCUGCUGCAAACUCAUGGAGAAAAUAAUCAAGCGAGAGCUGAUGCGCUUCCUAGAGCAGCAUAAUUUAUUAUCUGAUGCGCAGCAUGGCUUUCGUAGUGGCAGGUCUUGCGUGACUAACUUGCUCAAGUGUUUGGAACGUUGGACUCGGUCAGUUGAUGAAGGCAAUGCGCUGCAUGUAGUCUAUAUCGACUUUAAAAAGGCAUUUGAUAGUGUCCCACAUCAGCGACUCCUGCACAAACUGAGCCGAACAGGCGUUAGGGGUAACCUCUUAAAAUGGAUUCAAAUCUUCCUAUUAGACCGUUGUCAAACUGUCCAUGUCGGUGGCCAGAAGUCGACGAAGGUUGCCGUUGAAAGCGGUGUUCCCCAAGGCUCAGUUCUUGGUCCUACUUUGUUCAUCAUUUACGUCAACGAUUGCGUGAGUGAACUGGAUUGUAGUGUCGCCAUGUUUGCGGAUAACAUUAAGCUCUGGAGCGUCAUUCGAACUGCAGAUGACGAAGAGCAUUUGCAGGCGAACCUAAACCGACUCCUACAGUGGUCAAAGGCCUGGCUUCUGCCGUUCAACGAGAAAAAGUGCAAUGUUCUACGAGUCGGCAAAGCUCGCUCUCCGAACCAUAUGGCCUACUGCCUAAAUGGUAUACCACUGCAAGAAGUGGACUCGCAGAAGGACUUGGGAGUAUGGAUUACGACCUAG